UGCACCCUCCCUCCCUCUUCCCCUUUGCGCGUCUCGGUCCGCCCGCAGCAGUCUCCUUCCCCGGCGAGCUUUCACUUCAGAGAUGGCUGCGAAAGUGUGCAGAUCAGUCUUGCUGUUGUCCCGAAGUGGCGGAGCGGCGAUCGGCAGUCUCCCAGCACUCGUCCCCCCUUCUCCGCGGCACCAGCAGCACAUCAGACCGCAGGAGAUACUGUCUGCGCCAUUCACGCGCCAUACUGUCAGGAGAGUACAUGGCCUCCAAUCAGCAGCCCACUCCACACUCUUCACUCAGCCUACCACUACCCUCUCCCCGCAGAUUUGGAGGGGCUCCCCUUCAUGGCAUGGCCAGAGAAUGUUAUGUACCCCGGCUUCCUCAGAGGAGGUGACGGUGGUGUACCAGAAUGGGCUGCCGGUCAUCUCGGUCAGUUUGCCAUCCAGGCGAGAACGCUGUCAGUUCACCCUCAAGCCUUUGAGCGAUUGUGUGGGAGUUUUCCUACAACAGCUCCAAGCAGAGGACAGGGGCAUCGAUCGGGUAGCCAUCUACUCCACGGAUGGAGCCAGAGUCGCAUCCUCUACAGGCAUUGACAUCCUGUUACUGGAUGAUUUCAAGCUGGUCGUCAACGACACCGCCCACCUUGUCCGGCCACCGAGGAGAGAGUUGCUGCCCCAUGAGGAAACAGAAAGGCUGAAUGACGUCAAGUUCUUGGUGCAGCAGCUUUACACCACCCUACGCAUCGAGGAGCAUCAACUCGGCAAAGAGCGCGAGCUGAUUGAACGGCUCGAGGACCUCAACUCUCAGCUCCGUCCACUUGAGAAGGUGAAGCAGGAGCUGAGUAGGAAGGCGGAGCGACGCACUACUUGGGUGCUGUGGGGCGGCAUGGCCUACAUGGCCACCCAGUUUGGCAUCCUGGCCAGACUGACCUGGUGGGAGUAUUCCUGGGAUAUCAUGGAGCCUGUCACCUAUUUCAUCACAUAUGGCACAGCCAUGGCCAUGUAUGCAUAUUUUGUCCUCACACGCCAGGAGUACGUGUACCCUGACGCCAGAGACCGACAGUAUCUGCUCUUCCUCCACAAGGGGGUGAAAAGGACACGCUUUGACAUUGAGAAGUACAACAAGCUCAAAGAGGAUAUUUCUGAGGUGGAGUUGGAUCUGAAACGUCUUAGAGACCCACUACAGCUUCAGCUCCCAGUUCAACAGCUCAAUUCUGGUAAAGAUUGAUGGGAAGAGUAAUGCCUCCCUCUUUUGCCGGCAUUCACUUUUCUAUUGUGGCUAAGCACCACAAACCUCCCACCCCCGUCCCAGACAACCUCCUGCUCCCGCUGUAAUGAAACCUUUCCUCCUCUAAAUCUCUCCUGCAUCACCCUCUUCAAGUUGGGAGUUUCCACGUACUUUUUUCCCCCUUUUUACUUCCCUGACUGAACCAACAGUUUGGAAUUGCAAAAGAAAAUCACAAGAGAGAGUGAUGGUGAGCUGAAAAAAACUCACAGUGAUAGUGGAGUGAAACUUGAAUGGACAUCCUGCGCUGAACCUGAGAGGCAAACAGGAAAUACCACAACCUGACCCUCCAGCACAGGGGAAGUCAUAUCUGAGUACUAUUUGUGUGUGUAUGUGUAUGUUGCCGGCAUAACCAACAUUUGCCAUUCAGUAAGUUGAUACAACAGCACACGCAGACACGCACAUGAGCACACGGGCUAGGGGGCAGGUUCUUGGGCGCGUCUCUAAUCUCACCCAUGAAACAAGUUUACAAGCAAGACUCAAAGAGACGCUGUCUUCUUGUGGCUGAACUCUGCUGCCUCUUCACACUCUGGCCACGCCUUCUCCAGGUUGACGGACCGCCAUCCUUCCUCAACGCGACCUUUGAUAGGAGUCUGUUUAGAACCCUGUUUCCUCUUCUCGGCCAGCCCAGCCUGCGCAAGUAUGAGAGUACUACCGACAACAACAUCACUGUGUGUUCUUUUAUUCGAAAAAGAAAAAAAAAAGAAUUUUGGCACUUUUUAUUUUGAAAGCCAUAGUAUAUUUGUUAUGAAAUGAAUAUAAAAUAAAUCUAUAUGUAUACAAUCAAUUAAACUAAAUGACCAGAUGCUAGUUGUUUCCCAGUGGGGGGAGAAGCUCGUCUUGAAAUGUCACUGCGUCUGCCACGCCAUGGAGGAUUCAUCAUGUUGUCAUGUAGAUACCAAGAGCAUUAAAUACCUUUCUUUAACUCCCAAUGUUCCACAAGAACAAGUCCGACAUGGCUGUCAGACUCCUGUAAGCACUCCAACUGGGGAUUUCGCUCUGAAAUGUUUCCUUCCUUUUCCGAGCAAAAUGUCAUCAUCCCCCGCUCCCCAAUUGGUUUUGAACCCACGUGAAUGAAUUUCAUGAGGUGAAAUGAAAUAAAAGCCUCAUUGUGAGCGUUCUCUCCCCACUGUUGCUGUCCCACCUCCCUGUUCCCUCCAUGACAAGGCAGGGUAGACUGCAUGCUGUGGUACGCCUUCAGUCGAAGUUUGUGAAUGUGUAGGCACGCCAUAGUCAUUUUCUACUUUAAUGGAAACUGUUCUUUAUGUCAUAUAGCUAGUAGUGUAUAAGGCACUCUGUCAUCCCCUGAUUGGUCUAGUCUAUGCCUAUAGAAGCCAUAUUGUCAGUUUAGAACAAAAACACAUUUUUCUGUGUGGUUGCCUGAGAGUGAGGAUCGGCGGCCCUCCCUCUGACCAUUUUGUCAAUGCCUGCAAAAAUACAAGGGAGUACAUUAGGACCGCACAGAAAACACAAUUUUAUUCAGACAACGUAAAGACAUAAUGAUAAUUUAUUACACAGAAGGUCUCUCAAGACUGCUGGUAUCGCAUUUUUGUGGGAAUUUUGACAUUUCUGCAAUUGCAAAAUUGCCUUGUAAUAUCUGUUUUAUAUUUUUCUCAAGUUUAUUUUUUUUACUUUUCUCGCUGUGGCUGCAAUACUCCGUUGGACAUACUUCUUCUCCCCCGUGAACAAAUAUUGUUCAUUUGCACUGAGUGGCAGUGCUGUGUCAUGCCGUCACAUCCUCUGUGUGUAUGCGCGUGCAUGUGAGCGGACAGUUGACUUCGACCUACUAGAAUAUCCUGUUGACUCCAAAUUUACCAUGAAAAUUCUUGGGGUUGGAUCCACCGGACAGAUUUGGUCCAAUCUGUUUAUCGUGUGUACGCACACACACGUGCAUUCUCUCUUGGGGAUAAGGUGCCUUUUGGAAUGAUUAAGGAUUGUAACAGUGUUGACAAGGAAGCGAGUGAUGGCCUUUUCCUAAGCGUGUCCGUUAACUUGGAAUAUUUUAAGUGAAAGGAAAUUUGUUGAAUGGAUGUCUUUGAUGGUUGAGUGAACCAUCAGAUUUAGCACUGAUGUGAAUCCUUUGCCACCAUUGCACCUUGUCAAUAGUGAUAAAUCCUUUCCUUCAUCCCAUUCAUAUCCGUCACUGGCUAGAAAUGAUUUUCCUGUUGCACACACAGUGAAGUUGUUUCCUCGUUGGAGGUGACCUUGGUCCUCACUUUGCUCAUUAGCUCUUUAUAUUCAGUUCAAUCACACCGUCCCCGUUUACUUACCCCGGGCCUCCAUGUGUUUAAAAAAUCUGAACAAAUCAAAUAUAGAGACCUUUAUAUAAAGAUGGUGUUGCAUGAAUGUAUGUUUACAUGGGUAUAUGAAAACAACAAAAAAAGAUGUAUGCAAAAGUGAAGUUUAAAAAAGUUAAAGAUUAUUUAAGAAGAAAUAAGUUGUCAAGAGAAAUUCCUUGCAAUUGCCCCAGCCUGCGUGUUUAGAAUUAGUUCUGCCGAACGGGAUCCUUGCCGAUCAGCCGCUCUCCAUCACACUUCAACCACAUCCAUUUUCUUUACUGCAUUGAAGACAAAAAAAAAAGUCCAUCCUCAAUGCACCAGUCCGAGAGGCUCUUUGACUGCUGACCUCACUUCCUAGCGUCCUGCUUCUGAUUCUAAAUGAAAAUGUCAGGUGCCACGUGGUAGCUUUUGGAGGGAAACACCUCCCGCUCUUGUCGUCCUCACCCCCACUUUUGUUGUCCAAUUUACUCUAAGGUCUUGAAUGAGUGUUUUGGGAAAUCUUGUGUGCACUUACAAUAUGUUUAAGAGUGACGCAUAUAAGAGUGAAAGGAACUUUUACUCCAUUCUGACCUCCUAUUUUUUAUUUGUGUUAUUUCUUUCUGGACAUUAUGUUUCUGUUAAAAUGAUGCUGUAAUAUUGGCCAAAAAAAAAAAAGAAUGUAAAAUCCUGUAUCAUUUAUGAAAUAUGUAUAAAAGAGAAAUGUAAUUCAAUUAUCAAUAAAAUCCUUAUCCAGGUUUUGGA